AUGGAUCCAGAGAGUGUAGCCUUUCAGCCCCGCGACGACCUCUGGCGCUUUCAAAGUGAGAUGCUUCGAGUGCAGCAGAACCAAGCCGAGCUUUCCGAUCGUGUCUCUCGCCUAGAACGCAAGCAAGAGGACGACUCCCGCCUGAAGAACGUCUGGGGAACAUCUUCGCCCUUCCCUUCGGUGUUGGGAGGGACCCCUCAGCAAGUUCCCCUGGAGGAGCCACCGGCAGAGCAUUUCUCCAACUUCGACGACAAUUCGAGCAAUCUCAUCGGCAACCUCCAGCUGGAUGCUGACGAGGAGCCUCGGCGCGUAGGGGCCACGUCUCGCGCGAAUAGCGUUCGCUUUGAUGAGACGGCUAACCACGGUCACUGGGCGCAUGCUUCACGGUCGUCGCUGGACCUGAUAGCCCGCACUGGGAGUGGCAUGGGGGGCCAUGUCAUGAGCGAACGCAGCUACUCACACAAGUCAGAUGGCCGGCAGAGCUCAGCAGGCCACUCGGGACAUUCGGUGACAUCUGGGCGUGCGAACAGCCUCACUAGCUUCGGUCCGACCACUCCCGUAGACGCCCCAGGGCUGGCACCUGGCUUGUUCAUUCUCGGCUCUGUGCCUGCUAUAAUACGUUGCUGGCUCAACACUAAUUUCAAGCACGACACAUUGCUAUAUGCGGCUGUGUGCUCGGGCUCCUACACGUCGUAUCUAGAUCAUCACCUCGUCGAGCACCUCGGCUUCCAGGACCAGAUCAUCACAACUGACGAGGGCAUUCGCAAGAUUAAGCUCUCUGUUUACCUUCCAGAGGCGGUGCCAGUCUCAGCAUCCUCGCGCUCAAGCAGUCCAACUCCGCAACUUCCCUCGAUUGCGGUCGAGUUUACCAUCAUCAAGGAGCACAAUGCAGAGGCGAACCCUAAAGCAAUUCAAACUUUCCUCGGCAGUGAUAUGCUUCGAGCACACAAUGCUGACCUGCUAUUUUCGUCCAACCAGCUUACGCUUUACGAUGACGACCGCGCGAAGCUCCAGAUACCUCUCGUGCGUCCUGAAGACGAUCGAGCUUUCAAGUCGCUCUUCACAUCUAGCGGUCCUCGAGUUUCCACGGAUUCACAUGAUGCAGCGGGUCCAGUCCCUAUGCCAUCGCGUCCAGGUGUCAUGAGUGAGAGCUCUACUGGGCUGGAUGCCGGUACGCUACCACCAUCGGCUACCCAUUCUAACGGCAUUCGCACGGCGACUAGCUCAGACGAUGGUAGCUCAAGUGGUCGUAGGAGUUUUGAACAGCGUGCAUACCUUGGAAUGGUCACAGCAAGUCGUCCCGAUACCAAGGAGGCGCAAGAUGCAUACGCUGCCAGCGGACCGCCGCGCUCAGGUGCCCCUUCAGCCAUCUGGAGCAACUGGCGGCGUGGCCAGCGUGAGAAGAGUAAUAGCAGCUCCUUGGACUGGGCCAACGUGGGUAAAACCUCGAGCGCCGACCUAAGCUCCGAGCGUCGCGAUACAGGUAUCAAGGUGCUGAAGCCGUCCAAGCCCGUCCGCACGCUGUCGACGUCAAGUCCCUCACCAGGCACAGGCCAGUCACGCUUCUUCGAUGAUGGAAAGAGACGAAGCGAGGAGGCGAAGACUGUAAAACGAACGGUCUCGGGAGAAAGGGCAAAGGAAAACACGCCGACGGUGACCAAGACUCGCUCGUCGAACCCGGUUGGCGGCGCGUCUGCGUUUGCGUGGCUAAAUAGCGGCGGGUCCAAUAGCUCUUCGCGGGCUUCACGGCAGGCGGCCUCCCCCAUCUUCACCACGGCCUCCAACAACAGCAAGAAGCGGAAGAUUGUGACGCCUGCGCACCAGUCCCUCCGCCGCGACACCCUACCCCAGGCACCGGAUGUAGGUACUGGGGCUGCCUCUCCUCGCUCCUCCCCCCACCCCUCCGCAUCGCCGCCGCCGCCGCGAUACCUACCACCACAUCUGCACCACGAGGUCGGCGACCUGAGCUAUACCGGAGCGAGCUCCCCAAGCGAGGCAUACGCUAGCCUGACACUCGACGAGACCUCCAUGACCGACCAGAGGCCUCCUCUUAGAUCGUCGUCGCCUGCAAAGCGGCCUCAUUCUGACAUGGCCGACGACCCAAAACCUGCUGAAGCCCUCCCGGCUGCAACUUCACGCAGCGCCCGAGCAACGUCUGUGGACAUGGCCGACGCUCCCAACCACGCCGAUCUGCCUAGUCUCGACGAACAGGUGGCCCGCGUCAUGACCAUGAUGGGAGGCGACCCAAAAGAGGGCCAGGAGGGCUUCAUCAUAUCGGAAAAAUGGUUGGAACGCGUCUGGGCCAGGACAUCGGAGAACAUGACCAGGCCGCAAGACUUUAGCAAGGAUGCCACACAGGGCCCUAUUGGCGCCGUGGACAACUCUGAGCUCGUGGAUACGCUGCAGGACGACCUGGUCGAUCAACAUGGACAAGACUUCAUACCGCUAAACAAGGCGGCGCAAAUGGGUCAGGACUUCGAAAUCCUGCCCGCCAAAGCAUGGGAACUGGUUGUCAGCUGGUACGGGCUCAAGGAAGCGUCUCCUGUCAUCCGUCGCCACGCACACAACACGGUGCCGGACAAGAGCAGCGAGAACAUCAUCUACGAACUAUUUCCCCCAAUUCUUACUAUCCGGAAAGUACGCAAGUCGCCCCAAACGGCUGCUGAGAACGCCAAGCCUGCAGAGAAAAUGGUCUUUAGUCGAUAUGAUAGUUUCUCAAGCUUCGUCGACGCUGCGAAAAAGGCUGCUGGCAUCGACCUCAAUAACAAGGUCCGCGUCUGGAGGAUCCUCAAAACUGCUCCAUCCGACGAGCCCAAGUCAUCGCCAUCGCCAUCACAGCCAUCUGGAAUCCUCACGCCAGACGCUUCACCCCGUGACGGCUCGCCUAUAUCGACUCAACGCUCUCCUCUCAUCAUGGACGCAGCAAGCUUCAACCUCUUAGCCAAUGGCGCUGAACGUGAGCUAGUGACUGGCAAAGAUGAAAAGACAAACGAAGACUUCAACGAAACUUUGACGCUGGCGGAUGCUGGCCUUACCCAGGAUCAAGUCAUUGUGCUUGAGGAGCACGAUGAAACGGGAGCAUACAUCUCAGACACAACCCAUGUUGCGCCCAAGAACAAAGCUGGCUCUCAAACUAACAAGGGCUUGCAAAGCAACCCCACCAGCGGGCGGAGUACGCCUACAUCGGGCGCGCUCACACGGGGAAGGACGCGCACUGGCAAAGUACGCGGCCAUGUUGGACUCACAAAUCUUGGCAAUACCUGCUACAUGAACUCUGCCCUUCAGUGUCUGCGUAGCGUCGAAGAGCUGAGCAUGUUCUUCCUCAGCAAAAGAUGGCAAGAGGACGUUAAUACCACCAACCCCAUCGGUCACAAGGGAGCAAUAGCAAGAGUGUACGCCCAACUCCUCGCCCAAAUCUAUGAUACCGGCAACAUGUCAUCCUUCUCGCCCAAAAACUUCAAGCAGACGCUUGGUAAGGCGAACAGCCUGUUUUCGGGCUAUGGCCAACAGGAUUCGCAAGAGUUCGUUAGUUGGCUCGUUGACGCCCUCCACGAGGACCUGAACCGAGUACACGACAAGCCGUAUCGAGAGAACCCGGAUUCGGAUGACAACACAUUCCGUAAUCCUGAGGCCAUAAGGCAGCUAGGUGAGGUCUAUAGAGAAAACCAUCGCGCUCGAAACAACUCCGUGGCGACGGACCUUUUCAGCGCAGGAUUCUACAAAAAUACUAUGGUCUGCCCGGAAUGCGAAAAAGUCAGCAUAACUUUCGAUCCCUAUAGCCAGCUGACCUUGCAGCUGCCUAUUGAGCAGACUUGGACACAUACCAUCACCUAUGUACCACUGUAUGGCAAACCGUAUCAGCUAGAGGUCGAUAUCGACAAGAAUGCCUCCAUCAAGACUUUGAAGGAGUUCGUCGGCAAACGAGGUGGAGGGGUGCAGGCUAGCCAUUUGAUGGCUUCAGAGGUCUACAGCCACAAGUUUUACCGCCAUCUCGACGAUAAAGCAACCAUUGCAGAGUCAAACAUAACCGCUAGGGAUGAUAUAUAUUUCUACGAGCUCGACCACGCGCCCAGCAACUGGCCUGCAAAGAAGAAGAAGGGUUCGAGAUACAAGACCUACUCUCUGUUACAAGGCUCCUCUGAUGAGGAAAUACCUGAUGCGGUGUCACCCCUCCACGAUAGAGUAUUAAUCCCUGUAUUCCACCGCGGUCCUAGCGCGUCGUCUUACAGAUCACAAUCCUAUGCAAUGGCAUUAUGGCCGUUUCAUAUCGUCCUCACGCGCGAAGAAGCCAAGGAUCACGACACAAUACUACGCAAAGUCCUCGCCAAGGUUGCGCAAUCAACCACCCGACCAAUUCUCAGCGAGCUCACUGGGCCACUGGAAUCCCGCUCUGGAUCUGAUGUUGUGCUAACAACCGAAGAAGAUGCCUCACCAAACGACCCUCAGGUCAAGGAUGGUUCUAUCGAGGGCGAAGAUAUGGUUGAAGUCACAAUGACGGAUGCGGAGACGCCUGCGGAGACGCCCGCGGAGACGCCCGCGGUGCAAGUAAAAGCAGCUGAGGUGCUCCAGCCAGGCAGCUACAUCCAUCCUGAGCUUAGACAGCUCUUCGAAAUGAAGCAUACCCGAAAGAGCAACGAGGUUGUUACCACUGGUUGGAGCACAGUUGACCAUUCAAAGACUCUCGAGCCAAUUUCUAAACGUAUCCGCAUACCGCCAUCACGGGAGGAAUCGGUACAGUCAUCGCCCGCUGGUAGUGACGGAUCAUCGAGCGACGAAGAUGAGGAUACGACAGAUGUGGUUGAUCCCGACUCUGCUAUAGAGGCGGCCACCGUCAGUAGUGAUGAGGACACGCCGCCGAUUGAGCCUGGAGGAUCGUCAUUUUCAAGAGGCGGCCGAGCGGGCAAGAAGAAGUCGAAGAGCCAGCUCAAGCGAGAGCGCAAACAGGAGCGCAAGCACAAAAACAACAAGAACUUCAAAGCGAGAAAAGGCAAGGUACCUGAGCAGCCUAAUUACCCCGAGGAUCCAGACGACGAAACCGACGAGAGCCUUAUACGUAUGGGCGAGGCUCUUGUCCUCGAAUGGACACCUGACACAUACAAUGCCCUUUUCGGUGGGAACUCCGUCGAUGACCCGCGUGGCAUGGAGGCAAUGAAGUUUAUUGAGACGCUCGAGGAUCCAGAAAUUCGGGAAAAGAAGGCCAAGCGUAUUGCUCGACGGAAACACGGCAUUACGCUUGCAGAGUGCUUUACAGAGUCGUCAAAGAGCGAGAUAUUAUCAGAAGACAAUGCGUGGUACUGCAACCGAUGUAAAGAGCUUCGGCGCGCGACCAAGACGCUUGAUAUCUGGACCGUACCCGAUGUAUUGAUCAUUCAUCUCAAGCGCUUCAGUGGGCAUCGGUCGUUCCGGGACAAGAUUGAAGAGCUCGUCGAUUUCCCGGUCGAGGGCCUAGAUCUAUCUGGCAAAGUUGGCUAUCCAGAGGGCAAGGAUCUUGUCUACGAUUUAUUUGCGGUCGAUAAUCACUACGGUGGGCUCGGGGGAGGUCACUACACAGCCACUGCACAGAACUUCUUCGACAAGCAGUGGUAUGAUUACAAUGACUCUAUUGUGUCCCGCUGCGACUCUGGUCAGAAAGCUGUAACCCGCGCCGCUUACCUACUAUUCUACCGCCGCCGCUCGCCUGUCCCUUUAGGCCCUCCCGAUCUCCAGGAAAUUGUGACCGCCCACAGCAACCCAGACUCUGAUGAGGACAACGAUGCUGACGAGCAGCGAUCCCGCUCACCGGCGGGAAACGGCCUGCGCCUCGGCGAUUCGUCCCGCAAUGGGUCGUCGAGCGCUGGCGCAGUCGGAGCGGGAGUAGGAGCCCUGCGCGGGGGUGGCUCUCAGCACUCAACAGCCGCGAGCCGUCUAAGGAACGCAGCCGUAGCAGGGGACCUGAGUGAUGAUGAAAUGGAUACUCUGCCUCCCGCCUAUGACACUUCGGAUGAGGGCUUCCAUGAUGCCGAGACGGAUUACGUGAGCGACAUGUACGCGCCACUCACUGCGUACAAUGAUGACCCAGUCUGGAGUUUCGAUGGAUUGGGCCACUCCCAGGGUCAAGACCGCAACUCAGAUGACGCGGCGAGCGAUGCGCCUAACCCAGGCUCCGUGGGUGGCAACGAAGACCUGAGCGCCCGCAUGCUUGAGGACUUUGGCGACGACGACAUUGGUACCAGGCCCGGCGUGUCGACGCCUACAGAUGGCGGCCUACAAGUCCCGCUCGAUGCAAACGACAGCGACGAAGAGGUGGCUGAAAUUCGGCUCAGGGGUGACUAG